AUGAUCUACUUGAAGUCGCUUCUUAACGUCAUCGAUAACUCAGGCGCUCAAGUUGUCGAAUGUAUCAAGGUACUUCGUCACGGUCCUAAGAAUUUCGGGAGAGUCGGUGACCAGAUCACCGUUGUGGUAAAGGAGGCUAGACCUCUUUCAUCUGCCAUCACAGGACAAAGUUCCAGCAACAGAGUCAAGCGAAGGGAUAUCUGCCGAGCCGUUAUUGUGAGAACUAAAGCACCAUUUAGAAGGCCUGACGGCUCCGUUGUUCGUUUCGACGACAACGCUUGUGUAUUGAUAAAUCAGAAUGGUGAGCCUUUGGGAUCAAGAAUAUCCUCCGUUGUGGCCAAGGAGUUGAGGGAUUUGCAAUAUAAUAAGAUUGCCACACUUGCGCCUAAAACCUUCUGA